UUAAAUUUUAAUGUCAUUUGUCAUAACACUCAAAAGCAAAACGUCAAAUCGGGCUGGGUAUGAGAAGACAAAAUAUUUUUCUUACAAAAUCAGUCCGAAUUUCUGAUCUGCUCUGCGUAGAAGUUUCCUAAAAUUGAUUUCUCGGUAAGACCCCAAACCCGGCCAUGGAUGAACUCAGUGAAUCAGAGUUGCUUAAAAGGGAAAUAGAACGGUUAACACGAGAACUAGAUCAAGCCAGUAGUGAGAAACAUCAAUCUGCCCAAUACGGUUUAGUACUCCUGGAAGGAAAUAACGACCUAAAGCAUAAGGUCGAGGAAUUCGAAGCCCUGUAUGAAAAUACCAAACAUGAAUUGGUCAUAACACAAGAGGCACUUGCUAAGUUCCAAUCCAGUCACAAAGUAACCACCAAAACUGGCAUAGAAAGCGAAGAAUCUCUAAUCACAGAAUCGGCAGCUCGAGAGACAUCCUUGCAUUCUCAGAUAAUCGAAUUAGAAAAUGAAGUCAAACAGUGCCGCCAUGAGCUGGAACGAGUCACAGCCGAAAGAGACCGCAUGCUUCAAGAGAACAACGACAUGGGCAAAGACAAGGAAGACAGAAGCAUGGAGUUCAAAAAGCUACGAGCCGAACUCCGAGAAAUCAAAUUCAGGGAAAAUCGGCUCAUCACUGACUAUUCGGAGCUAGAAGAAGAAAACAUUGCUUUACAGAAACAAGUGUCUGUAUUAAGAAGCUCUCAAGUUGAAUUCGAGAGUCUCAAACACGAGAUUAGGCGGUUGCAUGAAGAAAUGGAUCUGAUGAACCUCCAGUUGGAAGAAGUAAGCAACUUGAAAAAAAUUGCCGAGAAACAUAUGGAGGAAGCACUGGAGUCCUUGCAAAGCGAGAGAGAAGCCAAAUAUGCUUUGAAAAAAGAACUAGACCAACAAAUCAAUAGAGAGUCAUUCUACAAUAUCAACAACCUUGCAUACAGCAUCAGAGGAAUGGCUGAAGAAGCGAAUAUCGGGAGCGACUGCGACGACGACAUACCUGGCUUGAAACGCAUCGAGGCAUCUAUUUGUAACGAAAACCUGGCGUCUCCUGAUGACGCACAAGUAGAUCUGUUUUCAGAAGUUCACUUGAAUGAGGUCAGAAAGCUGGAGAAACAGUUGGAUGCCAUAGAAAAAGAGAAAAUAACAUUGACGCAAAGCUUGAGAGAGAACCAAGGUCUCGUCGAGAAAAGCCAAGGUGAACUACAGGUGUUCAUAGCUCGCUUGACUCAGCUAGCAGCUCACGUCGACUCGCUACAGUACCUGUCUCAAAGUGCCGACAAGAAUCUGUCCAAACCGGUCGAGGAAGCUACCAAGAUGUUGGCUCAAUACCAGCAGUGGUUCAAGAUGUCUUCCAAGGAAAUCGAUCAGCUCAAAAAUGACAUACGCGAGCUAGAAAAUCUGACGAAUGUCUCGGAUGCCACAUUGCAGCUCAGAAACGAAAUCACCAAUUUAAAGAACAAACUCUUGGAUUCUGAACAGAAGUGCAUGGAUCUGGAUGCGGAUUUGCGAUCAUUGAGAGAAUUUGCUGGUGAGGCUGGGGCUUCUCUGGAUGAAACACAGAACAAUUUGCAGACAGUGUCAGAAGAAGUUGCCCAACUGUACCAUCAUGUAUGCACUGUCAAUGGUCAAACGCCUACCAGAGUUGUUCUUGACCAUGAGAAGGAAGGGAUGACACCAAUGACUGAAACAGCUCCUCAAAUCGGAAGAAUGUCCAAAAUAGAACUGCUCAGAAGCCGAUUGAAGAGCGACCUACCUCUGCAUGAUUUAGAAGCACUCAAUGACACAGCAGUGCUUGCUAGAAAUGUCUCAACUAUAGUAGAUCAAAUAAAAUACCUGCGAGGAGCAAUAGAGAGCACAAUUGAGCUCACAAAAGCAAAACGUGAGACUUCUGACGGAUCCUAUGAAUCACUACGCGAUGAAAACAGCGAGUCCGAGAUCCAAGAGCUUCAAGAACAAGUUAUUAGACUGAAGAGUUUGUUGUCCACAAAACGAGAACAAAUCGCCACACUUAGAACCGUCCUGAAAUCCAAUAAAAAUACCGCCGAGGUGGCUUUAACAAAUCUCAAGGGUAAAUAUGAAAACGAAAAGAUUAUCGUCACGGAAACUAUGAUGAAGCUCAGAAACGAACUGAGAUUGCUCAAAGAAGAUGCAGCCACUUUUUCAAGCCUUCGAGCUAUGUUCGCGGCGCGCUGCGAGGAAUACGUGACGCAAGUGGACGAGCUGCAGCAGCAGCUGAGCGCCGCCGAGGAGGAGAAGAAGACGCUGAACCAGCUGCUGCGGCUGGCCGUCCAACAGAAGCUCAACGCCACGCAGCGGCUGGAAGAGCUCGAGGUCGACAGGGAGAUCCGCAACGCGCGCAGGCCCAACAACCGCAACUACCAGCGGCCGGGCAGGUCGACGCGAGACAUGUUCUAGCAAAGGACGAGGCCUCUGGUCUAUGUGGU